AUGCUGAUGAGUUAUCUGCAGAACAUGAACCUGAGUGGGCUCAUCUAUGUUGACCUGCUGGUGCGUGCAAAGAUUACCAAAGAGAGAGAAGACUUGGCAGAGAAUAAGUCGAAUGCCAUCAACACGCUGAGGCGUCAGCAAAAUCGCAAUAAGCUCAUCGGAGAACACUACCAGAUUGCGAUGCAACAGAACGAGAUCGCCCUGGAACAGAGCCAGAUUGCAUUGUUUUCGUGUCGCGAUGACAAAACUCGAUAA